CCACCUUGUAAGCUUCUUCACCGUUCUUCACCAUUCUCCAAAAACCCUAAAAAUGGCGUCGCUGCAACUUCGAAGACUCUUACUCCGAUCCGUUCGUUUCCGUUCUCUAUCCUUCCUCUCUUCAUCUUCAAUUGAACCACCACCUUAUUUCCCUCACCAAACCCCUCCCAAAUUUUCACCAAACUUUUUUCCUCCAUCGCCACUCUUCCAAAUCAAACACUUCUCGUCGAAACCCGUUUCCCCAACCCAAACACCCCCAAACGAAUUGGAUCCGAUCGCUACCGCACUCUCCUCACAGCUUCUUAAUGAAUCGGACUCCGAUCCUUCAUCUGUCGCUGAGCGGCUUCAUCUUAGUUUCUCACACAUUACUCCAACGCCUAAUGUGAUUCUCCAAACCCUAGACCUCUCUCCCGAAGCUGGAAGAAUUGUUUUAGGGUUUCACCAGUGGCUCGCUUCGAAUCCCAAAUUUACACACACCGACGAAACUGUAUCUUAUUUCGUCGACUAUUUCGGUCGCCGGAAUGACUUCAAAGCGAUGGACAAAGUCCUCACCGCCGGCGGCGCGGGGCCGAAAACCUUAAUCUCGGCAAUUGACCGGCUUGUUCGUGCUGAUCGUCCGAAUCAGGCGGUUCAAUUUUUUGACAGAAUGGAGAAAGAUUACGGGUUGACGCGGGACCGUGGUUCAUUGAAGGUGGUUGUUGAGAAACUUUGUUUGAAGGGUUAUGGUAGUUAUGCGGAGAAGAUGGUCAAGGAUUUGGCGAAUGAGUUUUUCCCCGACGAAGCGAUGUGUGAUUUAUUGGUAACGGGUUAUUGCGUUGAUGGGAAGAUCGAACAAGCUCGGAGACUCGCCGGAGAGAUGUAUCGUGGAGGAUUUGAGCUUGGUGUAGGAGCUUACAAUGCUAUGCUUGAUUGUAUUAGCAAAAUAUGUCGCCUAAAGGAUCCUUUUAAGCUUCAUUCGGAGUCGGAGAAAGUGCUUGUGGAAAUGGAUUAUCAUGGUGUUCCAAGGAAUGUGGAGACAUUCAAUGUGUUGAUAACGAAUUUGUGUAAGAUUAGGAAAACCGAUGCUGCUUUAGGGUUGUUUUAUUCGAUGGGUGGGUGGAGAUGUAAUCCAAAUGAAACUACUUUUAUUGUUUUGAUUAGGAGUUUGUAUCAGGCUGCAAGGUUGGAAGAAGGUGAUGUAAUGAUUGAUGGAAUGAAAUCUGCUGGGUAUGGUGAUUUUCUUGAUGAAAAGGCUUACUUUGGUUUUCUAACUAUUUUGUGUGGAAUUGAGAGGAUUGAUCAUGCUUUGAAGAUCUUUGGUAUGAUGAAGGCUGAUGGGUGUGAACCUGGAGUUAAGACUUAUGAUUUGUUGAUGACUAAAUUGGGUGCACAUAAUCGUGUUGAUAAGGCAAAUGCUCUCUUCAAUGAAGCUUGUAGUAAAGGAUUGGCUGUGACUCCGAAAGAGUAUGUUGUUGACCCGAGAUUUUUGAAGAAGAAGAGGGUUGUUAAGGAGAAGAAGAGGGAAACUUUGCCUGAGAAAAUGGCUAGGAAGAGAAGUCGCCUGAAACAGAUUCGGUUGAGUUUUGUGAAGAAGCCUAAACGAUCAAUGGGUCGAGCAAUUUGAUCUCAUUUUUGCACUUAGAAAUAGAAGACUUGUUAUGAACAUUGUUUUCAUUUUGUCAUGAUUAGUUUUACUCUUACCUUGUGCUUGGAUGGUGUAAUUUAAGAAUGGAAAUAAUUUGUUGAAGGAAUUUAAAUGCCAUACAUACAUCCCAGUAUUUUUGAACUAUUUCUGGAACCAGAACCAAAGAAUUUCAAAUAACACUUGAUUGCUUUUUCAUCAAGCUCAGUUAACCUGCCCGGGUAGCAAAUCAUGUGACUACAAUCAUGUAAUGCCACAUUAUCUUUUAUGUAUUGAUGAAAUUUGUUCAAGGUAUUUUAAGAGUUGCCCGAGAAAUGUUAAUCAAGUGUUAUAAAUAUUUUGUACUAUUGCUGCCUCAGAAGAACUGAUAGAAACAUUCAAACUGGUUGAUUAUAAAUC